UUUACAGCUAGACUAAUCACAUGACCUUUUUGCAGUGUUUGCACUGGAGCAUCUUGGCACUAAAGACUGAAGAUGAUCAAUUCAGUUCACUCUGAUGCUGUCGAGAUACUUCAGAUGACAGUUUAGUCACUCAAACUGCUGACUGAUCCCCGGAAAUUUCAUAACAACCCCCCUCUGGCACGACGACAAGUCUUUCCGAAGUAACGGUCUUUAUCCGUGAUAAGUAUUCAUUCCUCUUGAAAGAUCCCAUCUUCUGUGAGCGAUUUCCUUCACAGCCUUUCUUUGAACGGAUAAAGUCGAGAAUCAUGCCCCGUAAUUCCCGUCGUAAUACGCCUCAAAUUCGGGUGCAUACCUGAUUGAGGACCAUCUCAACGUUCCUGAGCCGAGAUCAACAAACUUGUCCACGUGAAAUAUAUCGAUUUCGACUAGAUCCCGCCACUUAAACAAUUCCUCCAUACGAUCGAGACCUCUCUAGCGGUCACCUGGCCUCUCCCACGGAUAUACGUACCUGGAGAAGACCGGAGAGCAGUCCAGACAUUGCGCGGAGAGGACCGGAAGUCGAGUCGGCACUCUAUUCUCCCUCGAAGAUAAGCCGGAGCUAUGGCUGCCCUUUACUCGUCGCGGUUUAGUGCGGGGGAGGCCCAUUUAUAUGAUUUCAUAUAGAAAAUAAAAUGGGUAACGUGACGAAAUCUUGAUGUUGAAAGGGCUCCUUGGAUUCUGCUUUCCAACCCGGUGCGUUGGCCGGUUUGCCUACAGAAGAGACCUGGCCGAGUAAAGGGAUCGGGACUGACGCAUUGAUCCACCGGAUAUGAACCUGUUAUUCCGUAUUCUGCUGAUUCUUUAUAUACAGCUCAUCCGUAGAUCCUGACGUUCUUGCGUUUACCUUUCUCUUCUAUAUAAACCAUCUAAAACAUUUAAAGCCAUUGUGUCUGACCAGACCUCUAAUCUGCAUAUUUCGUGUAACGGAUACCCUCUUAUACCUCCUACAUCCCACUUGGCAGCUACGGUGUCUCUCCGCUGAACCGAGUCUUUUGAACUUCGACAUACUUAUUUACCUACAUCAGGACAAACAUCACCAGUAUCAACAUCAACAUCACAAUGGCAGCCAACAGCAACGGUGGUACCGCCGUCGGGCAGGAGAACAUCAACACAGAUAUCAUCACUCUUACACGAUUCCUGACAGAAGAGCAAACCAAACUCCCGGAAGCAACGGGUGACUUCACUCUCCUAUGCCACGCCCUCCAAUUCGCCUUCAAGUCAAUUGCCUACUACAUCCGACGAGCCAGUCUAAUCAACCUGACCGGUCUAGCCGGCUCCUCCAACACAACGGGCGACGACCAAAAGAAACUCGACGUAAUCGGCAACGAUAUCUUCAUCUCUGCCAUGCGCGGAUCCGGCAAAGUCCGUCUUCUCGUCUCCGAAGAAGAAGAGGAAGCAAUCAUCUUUGACGAGCACCCCAACGCCCGCUACGCAGUUGUCUGCGACCCGAUCGAUGGCUCUUCGAAUUUAGAUGCCGGUGUCUCUGUCGGCACUAUCUUCGGCAUCUUCCGUCUCCCCGACGAGAUUCUGGGCGCCAACAAAACCGUCUCCGCAAAGGAUAUCCUGCGCGACGGUACCGAGUUGGUUGCGUCAGGUUUCACCAUGUACGGCGCCUCCGCUCAACUAGUGAUCACCAUGAAAGGCGGUUCCGUCAAUGGUUUCACCAUGGAAAACUCCCUCGGAGAAUUCAUCCUUACACACCCCAAAAUGCAACUCCCCGCCAAACGCGGCAUUUACUCCGUCAACGAGGGAAAUAGCAUGUACUGGGAUGACUGGGUAAAUGAUUAUUUCCAUUCCCUCAAAUACCCUGCCGAAGAAGGUGGGAAGCCGUACAGCGCGAGGUAUAUUGGUAGUAUGGUCGCGGAUGCGUAUCGUACGCUGUUGUAUGGAGGUAUCUUUGCUUAUCCGGCGGACAAGAAGAGUCCCAAGGGUAAGCUUCGUAUCUUGUACGAGUGUGCGCCCAUGGCCAUGAUUUUCGAGAAUGCGGGUGGUUUGGCGAUUAAUUCGAGGGCGGAAAGAUUGCUUACUGUUGUUCCGGAGCACAUUCAUGAUCGUAGUGGUGUGUUCUUGGGUUCGAAGGAUGAGGUUCAGAAGGCUAUUGAUGUGUAUAACAAGCAUCACAAGAAAUAGGUUAUUAUUAAUGUGAAAUGAUUUGUUGCGA